UAGAGAACAAUCGUGCAUGAACUUCAAAUUAAAUGGUUUAAGCACUUCUGACUUUGAGAUUUAUUUCAAACAGAGAUAAAUGUUCCACGGAUCGAUUAAUGACAAUGUUUUCAUCCGUUUCCGCUUGAGGUGAUAAAUUCAGUGAAUUGUAUUAACAAAGCAAUACUUUCUGAACAAGCAAAAACUCUUUUGUAAAUCUGGGACGUUUGAACUGUUCACGCGUCACCGAUGCCUAGCCUUCACCAACAGGCUCAUGCAUGGGGCCGAUUGAGGGGCCUACCAGCCCUAGAAUAACAAUAUUACACGUGCCAAAGUCUAGUCUUUGGUUCCCCUUAUGGAAAAUAGAGAAAAAAUGGUCUAAGCUCAACCUUAGUCGGACGAUUCUUGGUUUAAACAAUGAAAAACUGGGCUGAGGUCUUAACUAGCGAACAAUACGAGUGGCGCGUGUUUGUUAAGGAGCCGUGCGCGGCGCCAUGUCCGUGGCUUGGCUCGUGUUGGGCGCGCUUCUCACGGUAAUCUGCCACGCGUGAUCUAAUUGCUGCCCCGCGACCUCCACGCGCACAGCACGCUGAAUUGUUUUACAGACCAGUCACUCUUAAACCUCAACAUACCGAAGCUCGUAAACAACAACAAAAACCUCCCAAGUAUAUAAAAAACCCGCACAGAUUUACAGCCACUAUCACUUUGUAUGAGCCGUGAUCCGAAGGUUGGAUUUGUUCCGAGAAGUAGUUUUUUUCUGGACAAGAGGAAAGCGAUGAAGUUGACCUGCGAAGAAUCUUUUGAGCAGGUCUCGAGACAGACCGAAGUUUCCGGAGUGACCCGUCUACUCUGCUCCAACCGACGGGAAGAAAUCAUCUGCGACCGGCGAGGGAUUGAAUGGCGAAAAGGCGACCGUCUCUUGGAUAUUCCUUGCAAAGUCUGUGGCGACCGGAGUUCGGGCAAGCACUACGGUGUGUACGCCUGCGACGGCUGCAGUGGAUUCUUCAAGCGUUCGAUCCAUCGCAACCGUGUCUACACUUGCAAACAGCAGGGCAGAGGAGGUGGAUGCUGCCCGAUCGACAAGACCCAUCGAAACCAGUGUCGGGCAUGUCGACUGCAGAAAUGCUUCGACGCUCACAUGAAUAAAGAUGCUGUGCAACACGAGCGCGGGCCACGCAAACCCAAGCCCAAGCCUUCCUUGGCAGACGAUGGAAGCACCGGGUCUGCAAGCCCUGAUCCCCCGCCAGUCCUCGGUCAGAUUCACGGCGGGCCACGCGUUCAUCAUCAUCACCACGGCAUCGCGACUACCACCACCAACACACCAGUGGCUGUAGUCUCCUACGUGUCUAGUUCCAUGUACUAUGGGACUUUCUAUCAUAGUCUGUUGACUGCUGAGCAGUACAAUGUGAGUCCGAUGGCUCUGGACCUAUCAGCGGCUAAGGUCAAGGCAGAGAUGGAAGGGACCCCACAUGUUGGAUUCCACACAGCAAUGGCAGGCAGCCCAGAGAGUAUGCCCGAAGUGGCGGCACGUCUCCUGUUUACCUCCGUCAAGUGGACAAAGAAUAUCCCAUGCUACCGGCUGCUGCCAUAUCGCGACCAGGUGUUGCUCCUGGAGGAAGGCUGGAGGGAUCUUUUCCUCCUCGGUGUCUGCCAGUGGUCCGUCCCGCUGGAGACAGAGACCCUCCUCAAACACCUGCCAAGAGCCGAUAAAAAGACACCGGGGGAGGAACUCUCGCGUUUGACCUCCCAGAUACGCUACAUGCAGGAAGUGGUAGCACGGCUGAGGGCGCUAGACGUGGACUUCACCGAGUUUGCCUGCUUGAAAGCGGUGGCGCUUUUCAGACCGGACACUCAUGGUGUCCGAGAGCCUCAGCAGGUGGAGGCCCUUCAGGACCAAGCUCAAGUGAUGCUGAGUGACUACAUACGCCAUGCCUACCCCGGCCGAAGCGUGCGCUUUGGCCGCCUCCUUCUCAUCCUCCCCACCCUUCGGAGGGUCAGCAGCAAGCUCAUUGAGCGGCUGUUCUUCAAGGAGACCAUUGGCAACAUCCCCAUCGAGCGCCUGCUCAGUGACAUGUUUCAGAGCAGCUAAGACUUGAUCCAAGCACAAAUGCAGAGGCCACCUUUGGAGUUCUUGCCAAAGCAAUACAAAUUUAACCCUAGUUCACACAAAGGGCUACUGUUGAGAGUCACGUAUAACACACUCCUCACAAGCUGCUCUCUGCUGAGAUCUCCGACAAGCAAUAAUAGGAGCAAGGGCUUCCACUAAGAGCUUCAGACCAACAAGCCCUGAAUGACUACACACUACUCCACACUUGUUCAGCAUCAGUGAUUCCAAGGUCGAUGCUAUAACUGGGCAGACUGCCCAUCAGAGGGUUAUCUUUGACACUCAGAGUUGAAUGCACUUUCCCAACUACAUGUAGUUAUCUUCUCUGUCUUGUUGCUAUCCCAUCACAGUAACUGAGUCAUGGUGUGGGUGGACUUUUAAAUAUACAUUCCCACCCCUUCUUGGCUUGUGCAGAAUUUGAAAUCAUUAAUCGAGUGUUUAGUUUCAUCUUUUAUAGAAGGGGCAUUUGCCCUGUAUGAAUGUGUGCUGUUUUGAUUCUUACAUUAAAAAAGAGGAGAGGACUUGGACAAGUUUAAACUACCAAGAACACCUCCGUUUUAACAAAUAGACAAUUCUGUGAACACAGUAUAAUCUUUAACCUAUAGUUUAAACUUUUAAGUACAAACUAUUUGCUCAGUACUGGAAUUUUUGUGGGUCGGAUGUUAUUUCUUUGUUAUUUAAACAUUUGUAAUUGGAUAUUUUGGCAAAAUUUAAACUAUUAAAAAGGUUUAUUUAAACUAACGGUUUAUUUUUAAACAGGAUCCUAUCCAAGGAUCAUAUAAAAGACAUUUGAGAUCAGCGUUAUCCUUAGAAUUUUUGCAACUCUUGAUGAAUGUAAACCUUGUCAUGACAAUGACUAAUGCAGUGUUAUGACAUGAUUGAAGUCACUUACAAAAACAAUCAUUUGUGAAUAGUUUCUUUCCAAGUACCACAUUUCUCCAGAGGUACCGUUUCAAAUUGUUGUCGAAAGAACUAAACUGGAGCUACGACGAUAUGCUACAACAAGAAAGGCAAAGUCAGGCCUUUUACUGCACUGUACAAAGGGUUUGUGGGAACAGGUUUGGCACCAGAUGUAAAUAUCUAACAUUAAGUUAAAUUAUGUAAUAUAUUGAAGUGGGUGUAGUAACUUAACUUAUAUAAAGAUACCAAUAAAUUGAAAAUGCUUUGAAAACCUG